AAACUUGAGUGAACAUGCAGCAGAGCUCUGGCCCUUCUCAUCUGACCAGGAUGCACCAGCACUGGACUGAUGACCAGGAUGAGGAGCAGCAGACAGCAGCAGGAACGUUUAGCCGUAACCAUGGUGCCAGGUCAAAGUUCAAGUUGAUAUUGCCAGUGCUGAUUCUUGGCCUCCUUCUCCUAACUGUGGUCAUCACUGGUCAUGUUGUUGCUCAAAGAACAGGAUAUUUCAAGACAGAGUGUCAAACAGCAGACGUGAAGUCAAACUGUACAGGUUGGAAUGAAGUUAAGGAAUACCAAGCUGGAUGUCAGUCUGGUAAAUGUAGCGAUGACUGGGAACCACAUGGUGGACAUUGCUACUUCUUCUCUAAAAAGUAUCUAAACUGGACUCAGAGUCAGGAGGAAUGUGUCCAUAUGAAGAGCAAUCUGACAAUCGUAAAUGAUGAAGAGGAGCAGAAAUUCUUGAUGCGGAAAAUUAAACAAAAAAUGGACCAUGGUGGCGACAAGUUCUGGAUCGGUCUGAAUGAUAGAUGGACAGAGGGAGUGUGGCAGUGGGUGGACAAAUCUCCUCUUAAUACAAACCAAAAAUUCUGGCAGCGAAACGAGCCCGAUGACUGGAAGGGGAUAGAUAAUGAAUAUCCUGAUGGAGAGGACUGUGCACGGAUGGGGGCAAGGACGUUUAAAGGCAAAAGUGCAGCAGGAUGGGUGGACACGGCCUGUGAGAGAAAGUUCACAUUUAUUUGUGAAACUGAAGCUUGCUUAUAAUCACAGAUAAUCAUACAGUUUACUUAUCAGUCGCAGAGUCAAUAUCAAUUGCAUCAAUUAACAUCUCUUACUGAUCUGUUGUUUAAAUUACAUUGUAUUAACUUAACUAGAUGUAUCGCAAAGUGGUACAAAAUAUGACCGCCACUCAGUCCUGCACAUU